CCGUCAGUGUCUCUCGCGUUCUCGCACGGGGAACAUCGUCCGCCUCGUUCGCGUUUUCUCCUCGUUGCAAUUCCGAGUUUCCUCGUUUCUGCUCCGUUUUUCCCUCGCUCGUACGCCUCGUACGAAGCGUAAAUUUGUCAGUCGGUGGACGCGCAAGGACGGUGAGAAAACUGGUCCUCGAGGAGCGCCGGCAAUCCGACUAAAUGAGACUUUCCUACGAUUCGAGCCAUAACUCUUGUAUUUGUCCCUUCUUUUCCACCUUCCUUCUCCUUUUUCCUUCUCUCUGGUCCCCCUCUGUUCCCUCGAAUUUCGAAUUCACACGCUGAAGCGUCGUCGCGAUCGAUCGGAUAGACAUGGAGCCUGGAUCGUGCUGGAGACCGCUUCUGUGCUGGAUAUGUAUUCUCGGUGUGGUGCGAGCAAACGUGCAAAGCAAGGUGAGAUGUUCGGAGCAAUGGAUGGAGGUUGACAUCGUGAGGAGUAGCCCGCAAGCGAGGAUAUAUCUGCAGCAGAUGAAGGACUUUCCAGACGAGGCUUGCAAACCGCAACUGAACAACGGCGUCGCCACGUUCCGAUUACCUCUCCUUGAACAAGACAUGCUGCGAUGCGGUAUCACUAGGGUCGUUAACAAAGUCACGGGUCAAAAGGUGUACUUCCAUCGGAUAAUAGUGGAGGAGCCGGCGGAUUCCAGCAAACACACGUUCACGGUGAAGUGUGUUAUAACAGAGGUGGUGGUGAAACCUGGAAUUUCGAUCGCCGCCAAUCAUACCGCGGUUCGACGAAGCGUCCUGCCAGCAGGAUUUCAGGAACCCGACGUGAUCGACAUCAGGGAUGAAAUCUCCGAGUCGGCACCGGUACCAAUUUUGGGAGUCGGUGUCAGGCAAGGUAGCAAUUUGGUCACCGGAGAAUUGAACGUCAGUCCGGGCACGCCUUUGCAAAUGGAAAUCUUUUUGGACAGCGGAUCGGCGCCGGUUUACGGGUUACUGGUCACCUACAUGUUGGUCACGGACACUAAAUCGCAGGAGGAAACGAUAAUCAUUAACGGCUGCUCCGUGGAUCCUUAUCUCUUCGAGAACUUCAACACGGUGGACGGCGACUUCCUGACAGCGAAAUUCCGUGCUUUCAAGUUCCCGGAAAGCACUUACGUUCAGUUUCGCGGUACCGUUAACGUCUGUUUGGACAAGUGCCAAGGGAUCGAGUGCAGCAACAACCAAAUAGGAUUCGGUAGAAAAAGAAGAGCCAUAGACGUCUCGGACACGGAUAAGAACAAAUUGUUCGAAGUGACGAUGUCCGCCUUGAUCAAAGUGGAUUUCGAAGAAGAUGCCGUGGUAGAUAAAGCCCUGUCCGAAAUGUACAUCAGAAGAGGGAAGAACAGGACGAAAGCCAGGGCAGUCAUCGCCGAAGAGGUCAGAGAGCAGCCGACGACUCCGACGAUCAUCAGGACAGAAGAGAGAGCUUUCAUAGCCCAAGAAGUCAAAGAACAUUUCAAGUACAAGCUCACCGAGUCCGAAUCGAGUGGCUCGUCGUGUAGAACGGUGAUCUUGCCUCUUCUUGUCUUACUCCUCUGUUUUUCCAAGUUUCUGUAAGUUUCAGGAGAAACGAUCCAGGAGCUGACGAUCGCUGAUUGUAAAUAGAACGCAGAGCUUGAGAACCCGGCAGAAUUCGAGUGCAACGCGAGAAGAACGAAUUUCUCGCCGGAUGUUAGUAUAAUUCUUACUCUGUUUACGUAUAGAGAAACGGUGACUAUCAAACACUUUUUGUGAUAUCGAAUUCACGACCGAUCGCUUCUUUCUUUUAACACGGUCCGAAGUUUCUUAUCGAAUCGAUAGGAAGCUUCGAACCACGUUGACUUCGGACCUUCACUAAUCUCGGUUGACUUUUCGAAAAAUAUAAGGAAGAAUAACCGCAAAGCUUCGAUUACGGCUUAAGAGAUGGUUCACUAGAUUUCUCCGCUCUGCGACCGCCAGAUUUUCAUCCGUUCCCUUCCUUUCAUCCGUAUUCCGCAUCAUUUUCGUACUACUUGUCCCUUAGCUGUAAUGCCCGCGAAUAACUACACAAUAUAACAAAGCCGUUAUGCUGCCAGAAGAAAAUUGGCCUUUGCGAGCGGAGAAUACCGAAGAGACCUAGUCGCGCGACGAGGUGUAACAAUGCUAUGUGACUUAAGUAACUUAGACAAUUAUGAGAUAAUUAAUCGCUGCUACGAUCCCAAUAUAAUUAUAACGGAACGCGCAAGUGUAAAAUAACUCUUAAUAAAGCGACAACGAACGCGUGGAGGACGCGUACUAAUUACUCCGCCUCUGUGAAGAGGUAUCUUAAUUUUAUAAUCGCCUAUGGAGAGAAAGAAAGAAGGUUAAUAAAGAAAACUCAAAGAAAUGUA